AUGCCGAACACCACCAUCACCGCGCGGCAAUGCAUCGACUUCCACGGCUACAACUGCACGGGCCCGAGCCUCCCGGAGCACAGCCGACCCGUCGUCCUCGUCCUCAUCAGCAUCUUCAUCACCGCCACCAUCCUCAGCAACCUGCUCAUCAUCAGCUCGGUCGCCUUCUUCCGCCAGCUGCAGACGCACACCAACAUCCUGGCGCUCUCGCUCGCCGUCUCCGACUUCGGCAUCGGCGCCCUGGUGAUGCCCCUGCGCAUGGUGGGCACCGUCUACAACUGCUGGUACUACGACUACAGCUUCUGCAACGUCUUCUACUUCGUCGACUACACCCUCUGCAACUCGUCCAUCUUCCACCUGAGCUGCAUCGCCUACGACCGCUACGUGGCCAUCUGCGACCCGCUGCGUUACGCGCAGCGCGUCACCGACCGCACCCUCGUGGCGAUGCUGCUCAUCUCGUGGCUGGGCGCGGCGCUCUUCACCUCGCCGAGCCUGCUGAGCUUCAGCCCCCAGCUCGCGCCCAGCAGCAUCGAGAGGGAGGGCUGCCCGGACGACUGCCUCUUCAACGUCGACGUCGCCCUGCACUUCUUCUACGGCGCCAGCCCCUACUUCAUCACCAUGCUCGUCAUCAUGGCCGUGUACGCGCGCAUCUACCACGUGGCGCGCAGGCAGGCGCGGCAGAUCGCAGCAAGCAGCAGCAGCAAGGUUCAGCAGAGUGGUGGUGGUGAUGGCAACGAGCAGCAGAGGGUGAGCAACAUGCGACGCGAGCACAACGCCACGGUGACUCUGGGCAGCAUCAUCGCCGUCUUCUUUCUCUCGUGGCUGCCGUUCUUCAUCAUCGUGCUCGUCUUCCCCUUCGUCGGCAACUUUGACGUCGAGUACGAGGUGGCCACCUGGAUGGGCUACAUCAGCUCGGCCGUCAACCCGCUCCUCUACGCCUCCUUCAACCGCCAGUUCCGCGGCGCCUUCCGCAAGAUCCUGAGCCUCACCAUGUUCCGGGCCGGUGCCAGGAACGCAAAGUUGUCCGAGUGA